AUGUCUAUUUCCCAACCAAUCCUAGAAUUCCCUACCAUCAUGUGGUUAAUAUUUUUGGUAUUAAUUUUCAUAUGGGGUCUAAGGAUUAAUAUCAUAAAGAAGCCUUCACAAAAAGUUUUCUUGAUAGAUUUUGCAUGUUACAAGCCCCUUGCCUCACAAAUGUGCACCAAAGAAAAAUCACUAGAAAUAGCCAAGUCAAUGGGGAAUUACUCUGAAGAAAUGUUGGAUAAAAUGAGAAUGGCUAUGGACAAAGUUGGACUUGGUGACUCCACUUAUUUGCCAAAGACUUUGGUUACAAACUCCCCAAAUUUAUGUUUGGAGACUUCACUAAAAGAAGCCCAAGAUGUUAUGUUUGGAGCAUUGGAUAUAGUGUUUGAAAAGACAAAAAUUGAUCCAAAAGAUGUUGGUAUACUGAUUGUGAAUUGUUCUGUUUUUGAUCCAGUUCCAUCCCUGUCUUGUAUGAUAGUGAAUCAUUAUAAAAUGAAUGAGAAUGUUUUAAGCUAUAAUCUUGGUGGAAUGGGUUGCACUGCUGGAUUAUUGGCCGUCCGUCUUGCAAAUCAAUUGCUUCAGGUGCAUGAAAGCACAUAUGCUCUAAUUUUAAGUACAGAGAACACUUCACACAGUUGCUACUUCGGCAACGAUCAAUCCAAGAUAAUACCAAAUUGCACUUUUCGCGUAGGGGGAGCCGCGAUUCUACUCUCUAAUCAUCCAUCACAUAGAAAUUCAUGCAAGUACGAGCUCCUACAUGAUGUUCAUUGUCAUGGAGCAAGUUCAGAUCGUUCAUAUAAAUCAGUUUUCCUAGAAGAAGACGACCAUGGUCUAAUUGGAGUAUCCAUAACUAAAGAUCUCUUAGUUGCAGCAACUCAUGCCAUAGAAACCAAUCUUACUUCACUGGCUCCAUUUAUCCUUCCCUUAUCUGAAAAACUUCUUUUUUUGAAAAAUUUCAUCAUGAGACGAAAAAAGUACGUACCAAAUUUUACAAAAAUUGAUCAUUUUCUUCCACACGUGGGAGGGUUACCAGUACUGAAUCAGUUGCAGAAAAAAUUGGGAUUUAGUGAUUUAGCUAUGGAAGCUUCGAAAAUUUCAUUGAGAAGAUUUGGGAAUACUUCUAGUAGCUCAAUUUGGUACAUAUUGGCUUAUGCAGAGGCUAAGGGAAGAAUAAAGAAAGGUGAUAAAAUUUGGCAAAUGGCUUUUGGGUCGGGUUUUAAAUGUAGCAGUGUGAUUUGGCGUACAAUAAGGAACGUCGAUACCAAUGACAUGAAAAAUCCAUGGAAAGAAGAGAGUGAUGUUCUAAUUGAUCUCGAUUUGGACAUCAAUGCACCAGCCCAUGACUAUUUCCAACCACAUAAAUCAACGUAACUUGAUUUUAUUGUAUGUAAGGUUUUAUCAUUGUCCUUCCAUUAAAAAUAUUGAGUCAUCAUGCAUUAAUAAGAUAUU